UGGCCGGGCGCCCGGAGCGUGAGGAAUGCGCGUCAGCAAAACAUCGACACAACCUGCCAGCUACCGUCGGUACAGUAACAGCGCGCGAACGACGCACCAAUGCCUUGUCCCUUCUUGCUACGCAUUUAUGUGGGCACGGGUGGGAGCCACACACAUCGGGACUACGCUUUCCUGCCCCUUGCCAUGUUCCAUCACGACCGCAUGGCAAAUUGCCCUGGCGGUUGACACGGGAUUUCACGGUCAGGAGAUCGAUGACACAGGAAUUGCGUGUUUGCAAAUAAACAGAGUGGAUUAAUCGAAACAUACUUGGCGGUCCCGCAAGGGCAUACGUUUCGGCGCAACUCGUGCCGUUCGAGCACAGGCUAUCGACUAAGCGUCAGGCUCCUAUAAAGACAUUCUGCAUUCUUUGCGCGAUUUUUGUGUAGUACGACGUCACGCGCGUGAGCGAUUACGUGGGAAAAGAAACCUGACCGGUGAGCCCACUUGACGCCAAAUUGCCGUCCAUGUCUACACCCGCAGCGCCGCAUUACUAUAGUUUAAUACUUUCUUGUCCUUCAAUCACGCUCAACUCGCAGCCUGAACGCUCACGUCCACGUUGACGCCUGUCAACUUGCGCGUCUGACGACAAGUAACCUGGGUGUCAACGUAGGCGCAGCGUAGCGGCACUCGCUAAACCCAGUAAACGACAUCACAUCGCACUAUCAACAGCUGCAGCGCCACCAGUCCGGAUUACUGCCGAGCGAGCCCUCGCGUGGGCACCGAAAUUCAUGAACAAGUCGCCUUCUGGACGUGCGCGCGCUGCUACUGCGGCAGACGCACAUGACAUCAACUCCCUCAGGUCCUUCGGGCGGGUGACAUGCUCACGUUGCUCUCAUUAUACGGUGACGUCCGUGAUAGUCGCGCUGGCGUGUGUGACGGCAUUAGUGAUGUCCCUUCGGGUGGGACACGCCGUGUGGCGAGCGUCGCCCCGACGGCCCAGCGACUGCACAGUGCCUUGGACCACUGCCGAGCCCGCCGCAACGGUUGCCGCCGGCGGCAGCGCUAGCCCCAGCGGGGCGACGUCGCUGAGCGGCAACCACAAGCUCCGAAUCGCGCUGGUGUCCAUGUCCACGGGCCGCGCUCAGCCAGAGCCGCAGAAGCAGACGCAGCAGCGGGGGCAGGCUGGUGCAGCGGCGGGCGGUGUUGGCGGCACGGCACUCAACUUUCGCGCCGCGGAGUUUUCAGACUUGCUAGACUUGACAGGGCCUGUGUUUGCCGAGUACGCGGCACUGCACGGCUACACAUACGCGGACGCCAGCGGCCUCAUGGACGCCUCCCGCCCAGCGUCCUGGAGCAAGAUCCUGGCUGUGCUGUCUGCGCUGGACGCCUACGACUGGGUAAUGUGGGUGGAUGCAGACAUCCUGAUCACCAACACAUCAAUGCCACUGGAGCGCCUGCUGCCGGCGGCGGCCGCGGGAGACCCUUUGAACCAGCCCUCCGGGCCAGACUUUAUCCUGACUGAAGACGCGGCAGGCGUGAAUGCGGGCGUGUGGCUGAUGCGCGGCCGCGGCUGCGCCUGGUGCCGCUCCUUCCUAGCGCGCUGGUGGUCGCUGUCCGGCUUCAUCCGCACCGACGCAGCCAGCGGCAAGUCCGGCGACAACGACGCGCUGAAACACAUGAUUGCAACCAUGGACCCGGACGAGCUGGCGGCUCACGUGGGCUUCGCGCCUCAGUGCGCCUUCAAUAGCUACCUGUGGCGCAGCAGCCCUCGCACCUGGGGCCGCUGGCUGGCGCGGCCCUACACCAUGCAGGGCGGCCUGUGGCAGCCCGGCGACUUCCUGCUGCACCUGGCAGGCAUCAACGCCAAGAAGGCCUACCUCAAACGCUUCUUCCGGGAGCAGCAGCAGCGGAAGGAGCAGCAGCAGCAGCAGCACUUGCAGGCUGAGCCCCAGCUUCUGACCUUGGGCGGCCAGGCCGUCACCCUGGGGUCUGUUCAGGAUUGGGUGCGUCAUCAGGUCAGCAUUGGGCAUCCGCAACAGCAACAGCAGCAGCAGCAGCAACAGCGAAAUGCGAGGCGGCUGCAGGAAGGGCGGCGCUACCUGAGAGCAGCUCGUGGGCGGCGAUGGGUGUGGGGCUGGGGCGCUCGGCGGCGGCAGCAGUAGCAGUAGAUAGCCGCUCCUGGCGGCAGUACCGUGAGGCGCUCAUGGCAACCUAAACCCAAUCAUUGCAUUGAACCCAAUCAACGUUACUCUUUGUGACGACAGCUGGACGAAUAAAACCUGUUGAGUGGCCCUGACUGAAGGGCCACAACUGUGAGUAUCAUUGUUGUCCCUGACAAGGGCGCGCGCCCUGGCAGCGCAGACUGAGUUAUGGCCUUGUAUGCAAUUGUACAUGGGUGAAACCUGUUUAUUUUUAGGACGCUUUGCGGCGAUUCGCAAUGCGCUCUUGCAGCCGAUACUAGUAGCCCUCAUGGAUUGGACCCAAAGUGUCCUUGUGUGUGCGCGUGUGUGGGGGGGCGGGGGGAGCUGGAGGGGUGCAGAGGUCAAGGCUGCUUGGCUUUGAAUUGUGUGUGUGUGCGCAGGAAACACACAUUUUGCACACCUACUAUGAAUGCGGAUGUUACAGAGGGGACCUACUAUGGAAUGAAUGACAUAAGCUUGCAUUGGUCCACGAAUAUAUGAUGAUGAUGAUAUUGGCAAUGGGCUGUGUAGGCAAUGGGGGUAGAAAGCUCAGGUUCUUACCCCAUGCUCAGAAUUACAGAGCUUUAGGAGAGCAUUAUGCACGUACGUCUACUUUUUAAAGUGGGUGUCUGGUGAGGAAGUUCUGGGCCGCCAAAGUUGGGGGGUCGGUCUUCGUCCUGGGGGUCCGUCGGGUUUCGGGAGCCCAUCCUGGCGGACUUCGGGAAGCGCCCCACAAGCAGAACUAGGGGCCAAACGCAGCAGUACGAGGCUCAUAUGUGCACGUUAUGACGUAAUAAGCACAAACAAAACGUGGGAGGGCUAAGUUGCGCGUCCGGGCGUGGACAUGUCGGGACAUGUCUCCACAUUCAACACAUGCGCAAUGACACAGCUGGGCUCUGAAGCGCUGGUGCGCAUGAGUUCACGUCUAACAAGGCUCUCGAUGCACAUUGUCCAUUCGUCACGCGGCAGAGAGUUGAGCGCGUGGUGGUGUGGGUCGAGGGGAUUUCCUUGGAUAGGAUCCCGCCCGUGACCGAAGUCUCAGAACAGGACCGCUGAUGGCACGGAGUGAUGGUGCUCGUCAAGAGGAGUCGAUUGACACCACUUUGGUAUAAAAUGGAGGGGUUUUAACCCUGAACAACAAGGUUUUGCCCGUCGGGGGGUCGGUCGUCCCCUCAAGGGGGGGCCCGGGGGAUUUCGGGGCAUGGGGUCUAGCACUUUGUUUCCUACCACCCCCCUGUGUGUAUGGUCGUACGGUU